AUGCAGGUUGCCGGUGAUGGAGCGGUGUGGGAUGCAGUCAACCAGGCCGUGGAGCUGGACAUGUGUUUGGAGGACAGCUGGCGCUCGCUCAAGGCGGCGGCGCUUGACGAGGACAAGCUGGCCGUGAUUCUGGCUGGGACAGUGCGCUCUCGUUGCGAGAAGGAGGGCAAGAAGCGUGUGGUGCUGCGCACGCUGCUCAAGGCGUGCGGUGCCAAGAAAUGGGACAUGUGGACUUGCGGACGGCUGAGACCCUCAGACCUUUUCGACGACGAUCUGGAGGUGGCUGUGGACGAGCAGUUGAAGGGGGACGCUUCCCGCUGGGAGCAGGAGGAGCGUGAGAGGAGGUGGACUCAGUGCCUGACUCCGACCUGCUUUGAAAUCAGCAAGCUGCAUCGCUCCUCGAAGGGGCACGGCCCCACUGUUCUUCGGAUCUUGGGCGACAUCUUGGCGCAGUGCUGCCGCAGUCGCAUCAACGGCGCCAAGUGCCUGAAGAGUGUGUUCGUGGAGGAGCAGCGGAUGGUGGCGUUGGGUCUCAAGGGCCGCCGCCACUCUGGAAGGCUGACGGGGAAGCAGCUGCAGGCGCACAAGCUCCAGAACUUUGGCGGUCUGGCGGAGGCCCACGUCGGGGCCAGCAUCUUCGCGCAGCCCAGGUGGAUCCGGAACGUGCUUCGCAGUGGGCUGAGUGGCUGCUACACCUUCGAUCUGGUCAAUGCCCACCUUGGCAUUUUACUGGACAGGCACCCCGAUGCUGGUGAGGCGCUUCGAGAGCUGCGCGGAGACAGGGAGGCCAUCCUCAGGCUCACUCACCCGGACCGCGCCGUGGCGAAGCAGCUCUUCCUUGCCUUGCUCUACGGUGGCUCAGUGGCAAGCUGGAAGGUGGCCAAUGGCAUGGAGCAUUUCGCCACGGAGGAGCUUGCAAACCGCAUCUCCAGAGAGGUUCGGGAGCUUCGCAAGAAGGAUGCGGCGGGCCACUCCGAGCAUAUGAAGCUGCUGAAGCAAUCCACGAGCGGGAGCUCAUCGACCUGGCUUCAGGCAGAGCUCAAGAAGAAGCUGAGAGGCUUUGCCUUCACUCUGGAGCCCCCGCUCACCCUGGAGAAGGCCAUGGAGAAGACCAAGCUGGAGAUGUGCAAGAGCCCACUGGCUCACCUGUGGAACCGGAAAGAUGCUGGGUGGAGGACUUACCACAACCUCGUCUGCCAGGCCUUCAACGGCAACCUGGCCCACCACGGGCUCUUUGCCGAGCUUGUGAUCCGCACGCCGGCGGUGAGCGAGAGCAUCCCCUACAGUCUCAGGGAGGUCUUCAAGAUGGUUUUGGACACCGGCCACAAGGCGUGGUACUUCUGCCCCCACAAGCAGUGGAUCAUCACCGGGGAUUGCGUCCAGGUCAUCGCUCAAAGGGACCUCAGCCACUACUACCUGCAGUGGAACACCGACGGCUAUGACGUUUCCAUCCCUACUCGCUGGGAUUUCAGCGCCGAGAGCUUCAAGAACGGCGUCGCCGCUUCUUUGCGGUCGCACCUGGGCGUCUCGAGUCAUUUGUGGGUGCUUGAUGGCGAGGACACCCGCCGCUAUCUGAACUUCGAGGGGCGGGACCUGGAUCGGGACACUUUGGAAUGGCGCGAUAUCAACCCAGACUUGAAGAUCUCCCGCUCCACAGGCUGGGAGCACACUUGGUCGAGCUGGUGGGAGAGCCAUGACGACUGGGCCUCAACCAUCUACGAGCAGGGCAUCUUCGGCCUGCCCCAAGCCGCUGCCCUCUGGACACGGGAAAUCGGCCGCAAUGGCAAGGACACCAUUUGCAACAUCACGCAGAAGCUCCUUGGAAGCUACGCAGUUUCGGUCGCAGCAGAGACCCUGGUCAAGGUGCGUGACGCAAACGCUCCGAGCCCUGUCUUCGCGCUGCGCAGGGCGAGGAGGUUCGUGGCCAUCAGAGAGGUCGAUGGUGCCGACAACAUCCGCCUCCAGCUUUACAAGACGUUCACCGACGGCAACAGCGAGCUGAGCGGCAGGGACCUCUAUGAGAAGCUGGUGCGCUACCGCCCGCAGUUCCUGGUCUUCUUUGCGGCGAACAGCCCGCCGCCCCUGGUGUCGAACUUCGCCGUUCGCCAGCGCACUGCUGUGGUGGAGCACGUCACCGUCUUCGCUGACAAGUCUGAGGAGGCCAGGCGACCCAUCGAGGAGAUGCUGCCGGAGAUGAUCCCGAGCUUCUUUGGCAUCUUCUACCUCAUCUAUGAGGUCCUCCUGUGGAAGCGCAGCAUGCGCUCCAUUGGCCCCGUGCCGUUGAAGUGCGAGGUCCUGCUGAACCAGGACCUGGCGGAUGAGCUGGGCGAUGCCGUGAAGGAAUUCGUCCUGGUGAGGCUUGAGAAG